CUUCGCUCUUCAUCUUCAAAGUCUGCACCUUUUAGCUCAGUGAAAAGGUUCAAGCUUCAGAAAUAAUGGCAGCAUUCCCCAACCUUAGCUCUGAUUCUGGAUUGAAGAAGCUCGAUGAGCAUCUUCUCACUCGCAGUUACAUCACUGGGUACCAGGCUUCUAAGGACGAUAUCACUGUCUUUGCAGCUCUUGCAAAGCCCCCAACUUCACAGUAUGUGAACGCAUCUCGUUGGUACAACCACAUUGAUGCCCUCUUGAGGAUCUCCGGUGUCUCUGCUGAAGGAAGCGGUGUAGUUGUUGAGGGAGCAGCCCCUAUUACUGAGGAGGCUGUUGCUACUCCCCCUGCUGCUGAGUCUAAGGAUUCCGCGGCUGAUGAAGAAGAUGAUGAUCAUGUUGACCUUUUCGGAGAGGAGACCGAAGAGGAAAAGAAAGCUGCUGAAGAGAGAGCAGCUUCUGUCAAGGCUUCUACAAAGAAGAAGGAAUCUGGAAAGUCCUCAGUUUUGAUUGAUAUCAAGCCGUGGGAUGAUGAGACCGACAUGAAGAAGCUAGAGGAAUGUGUGAGAUCCAUUCAGAUGGAAGGUUUGUUUUGGGGAGCAUCAAAGCUUGUCCCAGUUGGUUAUGGUAUCAAGAAGUUGCAGAUUAUGUGCACCAUUGUUGAUGACCUUGUCUCUAUUGACACCAUGAUCGAAGAGACACUCACUGUUGAACCGAUCAAUGAAUACGUCCAGAGCUGUGACAUUGUUGCCUUCAACAAGAUUUGAGGAUGGAGAAAGCUUCAAGGAAUGUCUGUGUUCAUGUUGUCUGCUUCUUCUUCUAUAUUCAGUUUCCCAAGUUUUUGUAGACUGUUGUUUUGACUCUGCUAUGUCUUUUGCCAUCUCUGAUCCAUUUUGAUAUUUAAUGAAGAAUGACAAUUCAG